GCGAGCAGCCACAGACGGGGAGAGAGGUAACUACUACAGCUAACCGCGUUUUGUCCCUUCACAACCUCUUACUGAAGCACAGAGAGCGGAUUGAGAUUCAGAAUCGCGUUGCAGGGAUUCAUCCAGCCUUUGUUUUGGAGCAGCAUUCCGCGUAAGAAUCGCACGAGACGGACGCAUGGGCUUCACUAACCCCAUGUUUCAAUGGCUGAUCUGGAACUGUUUUACUUUGAUCACUCGGAUCCAAGAGACACCUCCCUAUUUUUAAAGAAUCAAAGUAUCCACGAGCUCAGCUGCAGCAGCGGAGGAGGAGGAGGAGGAGGAGGAGGAGGAGGAGGAAAGUCGCUGCGUCCCGGCGAAGGAGACGCUUCAGCACCGUGGACAGAGACCCGGAAAGCCGCGUGGCUGGAGGGGGAAACAGAAACUGCCUUCACGUGCAAACAGCAACACGAGGAAGAGGAGGAGGAGGAGGAGGAUGUCCGGCUGAUUGAGACAAGUUCAGUAACCUGCAGACUGAGUCAGAGCUCCUCAAGUGAACUGUACGAGGAGGAGGAGGAGGAGGAGGAGGAAGACGAGGAGGAGUACCCGGAACUUUACUUUUUGUCUGAUGAAGACCUCUCCUCUGACGGCUCAGGGAAGUCUGUGGAUUACGGCUUCAUCAUCGCAGUGACAUGCCUGGUGACGGGCAUCUCUCUGGUCGCCAUAUCCUACACCGUGCCCCGGGAGGUCCGCGUGGACCCGGACAGCGUCUCCGCCCGGGAGAUGGAGAGGCUGGAGAGGGAGAAAGCCCGGGUCGGGGCCCACCUGGACCGGUGUGUGAUUGCGGGACUGUGUCUGCUGACCCUAGGGGGCGUGCUCCUCUCCACCUUGCUCAUGAUCUCCAUGUGGAAGGGGGAGAUGAUGAGGAGGAAAGCCUUCGCCUAUUCCAAACACGCAGCCAAGUUGUACGGCUCCAUCAGUCUAAGAGCAGGAUCCAGCCCCACCCAUUUGUCAGCGGCUGAUGAGGAUUUAGAAGUGCUCAGCUGAAUGUAUAGACUGAGAAAAGUACUUAAGAAAUCCAAACAGCCUCUCCUAUAACAGACGAUGUGUGGGGGGAUUAAAUGCCUUUUUUUUUUCAUUUCUGGAAGCUGAGGUGGACGUGGACUUUUUUUAAAGGGCAGGUUCACAUUAGUUUCAAGUUUGUCUUAAUACAUCUCUACCAUGCCCUAAUGUGUACUGAAAGAGAUUUUGUUUGCUUUAGUGGUUCCC